AUGAAUCCAACUGAUGAGUAUAACAUUGAAUUUAUAUUAACAACAUUUUGGGAACUUAAAUGUGUAAAAACUUAUAAUCCAUUUUUAAUAAAUAAAAAUGGUAAACGUGGUGAAUUAAUUAAUAUUAAAUUACUCAAUGAUAUAUUUGUUGAUAAAUUAAAUAAUCUUUAUCAUCAUGAAAUACCAAUUUCAAUACUUGAUCAUAAGCCACAUGUAGUGCUUAAAAAUUUUACAAUACUUGAAUCUGGAUCUGAUGUAAAAUUUUGUCAAUACAUUGCAAAUUGGUUGAAUUUUACAAUUUUAGUUAAAUCAAGAAAUACUGAUUUUGCAACUUACAUUGUUAAACUUCCAAAUGGUAGCUUCACUGGUAUAACUGGUGAUAUUAUUAAAAAUCGUUCUGAAUUUAUUGGUAACUCGAUGCAUCUUGAAACAACGAUUUGGAAAAAUUUAGAUACGGUUUAUCCAUAUUGGCGUUCGCAAGUUGUUAUUGUUGUACCACGUCAACCUCCAAUAUCUGGGCUACAUCAUUUAUUUUCUAAUAAAGCAAUAAAUUUAUGGAUAUUAAUAACUAUUGGCAUAAUAAUAUUACCAAUAUUUUUUUUAAUAACACAUAAUAAUAAAAGUAUAUUACUUGAUACAAUGAAUCUAUUAUUAUUUCAAAAUUUUCGUAAUAUUGGCGAUAGAUUAUCGGAAAAAUUAUUUUGCAUUGUGUUAAUUUGGUGGUCAUUUUUAAUAACGUCAAUAUAUCAAAGUGAAUUUAUACAUUAUCUAGCAGCAGCACCAUAUCAUAAUGAUAUCAAAAAUUUACAACAAUUAUUGAAAAGUGAUUUAACAAUAAUGGUUAAAGAUUGGGAAUAUGAUAUGUUACGUCAUUCAACUAAACCAAUAAGAAUGAAAUUAGCUAAAAGAGUACAAUCACAAGUUAAUUCAACUGAAUGUGCAAUACGUUUAGUUAAAUUUAGAGAUGCUGCAUGUUCUACUGAUAUUGAUUAUGCACAUUUUAUUAUCGGUGAAAUUGAACGUGAUAAUGCUAAAAAUAUUAAUAAAUAUAAAAAUUUUAAUAUACAUAUUGUUGAAGAGCCAUUGAUGAAUUAUUGGCAAACAUAUGUUGUUGUAAAAAAUUUUCCAUAUUUAGAAAAAUUUAAUAAAGCUGCAGCAAGAAUUGUUGAAUUUGAUAACAAUAAAAUAAACAAACUUGAAUAUGGGGUAUUUAAUGGUUUAACAAAUCUCAUGACUUUAUCAGUUUCACGAAAUCAAUUGAGCAAUAUAUCUCGUUGGGAAAUUAAUUAUUUAUUGAAAUUAAAAAAUCUUAAUAUGGCACAUAAUUCAAUUGUUAAUAUUGAAGCUGGUUCUUUUGAAGGACUUAAUCUAAAUACUUUGGAUCUGAGUUAUAACAAAUUACAUAUAAUAAAAUCUCAAACAUUUCGAGGACUAACUAUUGAAUAUUUGGAUCUAUCGAAUAAUCGAAACAUUUAUUUCCAAAAAGAUGCAUUUUUAGGUGCUAAUAUUACAAAUUUAAAGCUUUCUCAAAGAGCAUUCAUGGAUAAUUGGAAACUUGGCAUAUCAGCAAAUAUUACAACUGAUGAUUAA